CAAGAUUCAUGUCAUUAAAAAGUUCGUGCAAACAGUUUGUUAUCUGUGGUCGGCCAUUUUGGAUUUUGAUAAUCUGAUUGACCGUAGAAACAAUUUUGAUGUUUUUCAACCUACCUGUAAUUUUAUUAGUAAAUUAACGUUGCCGUUACGCGACAUAAUCGCGGCCCUUUUGCCACCGUCAUCGCCUCGUGUGCCGCUCCUCUCCAAAGGGGUCAAAUAGUGUCCAUACGAUCAGCUGUCACGUACUACUGACGUGUAGAACACAAACAAAUCUUAUAUUUUGGGUUUGCUAUGCUGUUUUCACGAUGAACGGCACGUUUAACGAGCAGCUCGGGGGCGUAGCCGGGGUGUUCGAGCAAUGGGGAGCCUGCGAGCAGACGGUGCUGGCGUGCACGCUGGCGCGGCGCGUGCCGUGGCCGGGCCUGAAGCUGGUGCAGCGCGCGGUGGAGGCGGCGCUGCGCAGCCACGUCGAGGACGAGCGGCUGGAGCGCGACGCCAACGAUGAACUCCUGCUGGCCGGCCUGCUCACAGUGCGCGACGACGACGAUGAUGAUGGCUGCGAGCGCCUGCAUCGCCUGCUAGGCCUUCUACCUCUGCUGCGCGUGGACAGUCAGCGAUGCAAGGAGCUGUACGUAGCAGCGGCGCCGGCGCUAGUUCAACGCUGUGUAGACGCACCGCGCCGCAGCGCUGUCGUGCCCGAGCUGUGUCGACAGCUGCUGUGUUACCUGCUCGUCCAUCCCGCGCUUACACAUCACGAUCAAGGGAUAUUAAAACAAUGGCUAAUAUACCUAGAGAAUUAUAUAGCCGGCAACAGAACAGAAAACGUAUGGAAACCAAGGAUAGACCCCUGCCUUAUGCCAGACUCAAACAUUUGGGGCACAAACAGUACAUUCAGACGGACUAUCGGCAAGAACGUGGAGUUCCGAGGCAUACUAGACUCUGUAGAGCACUACAGUACUGACAUAUUACAGGAAUCAUUCUCCAAAAACGGCCGCGAUGUAGAUAUUAGUAUAGAAGGAGAGAAAUUAAAUUUUGACGCGACGAUAGCUCAGCCUAAGUCACAGAGAUCGAAUAGUUUGACGCCUCCUUCUAGUAAUUUUAUGCAGAUGUCGUCUUCGGCGGAGAAUUUGAGCGACGAGCCCUUUGUACAGAAGCCUCGGAGUUUCUCUCUGUCGAGUGAGCACAGUUUGAGUCAGUUACGGCCUAUCAGUAUAAUGUACGGUACGACGGGUAGUGAGACGCGCUUGGACGACUUGCGGUCGCACAACUUCGGCAAGCACCCGGGCAUGUCCAACGUGGCGCAGUGGCUGAAGAGCCUGCGCCUGCACAAGUACGAGUGGCUGUUCACCAACAUGAGCUACGAGCAGAUGAUGACUAUGGACGAGAAGUGCUUGGAGGAAUUAGGCGUGACGAAGGGCGCCCGGCACAAGCUGCUGCUGUCGAUCAAGAAGCUGUCGGAGCGCGGCGCGGCGCUGGAGGGCGCGGAGGCCGAGCUGCGCGCCGGCCUGCCCGCCCGCGCCCUGCAGCGCCUGCGCCACGUGCUGCUCAGCCCCAUGCCGCCCGCCUCCGACCUGCCCGCCGCCAUCGUGCGGGCGCUGCACCUGGCGUCGAAGUGCCUGAGCAACGCGCCGGCGCCGCCCAUGCGCGUGACGUCACAGCUCUGCGACGACGACCACGAGCCGCCCGUCGACCCCAUGUCGCUGCACUGCUGGCUCGUCGAGAAGGCGUUGCACCAUGAGGCGUUCACCCGCCCUGAGCUGCAGGAGACGCUGAAGGGCUUGCGGCACCGCCUGCCGCCGCGACAGUUCUUCCACCACGUGUCCGACAUGCCGCUCAACAGGCGCUGUCCCAAGAACAGCAGAUGGCGCGUGGGUCAGCCGCCGGGCCCCAAGAGCCGUGCGCGUGUAUGGACGGGCCCGCCCGGGCCGCGCGGCAAGUCGCACUCGUACCCGCCGCACGCGCGGCCGCCCGCGCCGCCGCCGCACGACUACUCCUCGCUCGACGCGCUGUGCCUGCAGAUGACGGAGCAGGCCAUCAACUGACAGCGCCCCCGCCCCGCGCCGCCCGCGCCGCGCCGCCGCCCGCCCGACGCUCCGCGCGUGUCGGCCGCGGCUCCGCGCCGCCACUCGCCCGACGCUCCGCGCGUGACGGCCGCGGCUCCGCGCCGCCACUCGGCGGGGCAGCCGGCGACUCGCACGGUGCGGUUCACGGACGCCGCAGGAGGACACUCGGACACAUAGUAAUGUUACUACUGAGUAAGGUGUAUGUACGCACGAUUUCUUAUGAAAUCCUUAGUUUGUCGGACUGGGACCGCGGUGGGCGGGACCCUGACACGAGUAGCUAGAGAAAUUCCCGGAGCCCGGCGUCGGCGCUACCCGACGCCGGCCCGUCGACGUAUACAAAUUAUUCCUAGGUAGGCCAGGAUUAUAGCUUUUUAUAACGGAUCGCCCGCAUUCGGUAACUAUAGUUUCAGUCCCCGAAUACUUAGCGUUAAGUAUUCUCUAACGAUAGUACUAGUGUAAUCGGUGACAUCGACUCGAUCGUAUACAACUAAUCGUAUCCUACAUUUCUCUGGUGCUAAUUUUUGCGACGUUUUAUUUGUAGUUAGCUGUAUAGUGUAGUGCGACGUGACGCUGUGUGUGUGAGCGGUGUAUGUGUGUGUGUGACUGCGCCGGCGCAGGACUGACUGCGCCCGGUAACGAUUAUAUUAUUGUAAUGUUAACGUGAAUUAGUUAUUAACGUUGUUGACUGAUGUUUGCAUAAUUUAUAAAGUUCGCAAACGAUUAUUAUUUUUUAUUUUAAUCUUUAUUAUUUAGUCUAAUGGAUAUUUAUAUUCAGCAAUUUAAUGUUUUGACUGGAUCAAAAAUCUGAUUGUAAUGUGUGCAAUUUAUUAUUUUUUUAUUUACGCAAUAUUAUGUCUAUAUUAUAAACUUAUAGAUUCAUGUAAAUAAUGAACUAGUUCACAUUGUAUUUAUAAGGGUUAUUGUUUUGUACAAAACACGUGUUGAUGACAGAUAUAAUAUAAUUAUAGCAAAAUGGUUUUGAAUAUUAUUAUGAAAUGUAUUGGUUUAUGAGUUGUUUCGUUUGGGGCUGACAUGCUGUCUACAGAUAUUUAUAUUUAGCCAAUUGUACAGAAGUUUACGGAGUAUAUUUAUUCUUACCCUCACUUACCUCAAUUGUCAUCUGUUAAUGUUUUGGUUCACAUCUGUGUUCAAGAGCUUUAGUUACUAAUCUGUAGCGGACUGUGAUACGGUUUGUGUUUGGAUCAUGGAUCAUGCAUGAUAUUCAUCAGCACUAAAAUUAAAUACCUAUUGUAUAACAUAUAA